AUGCGUGUGUUCCAGCUGGCGGCCCUCGGGUCGAUCGUCGCUACUGCGGCGGCUAUCACUCCCGAAGAAAUGAUCGCCGCUCCUAGAAGGAGUGAUGCCGUUCCCAAUCCAUCGGGAGAAGUCGCACUUUUCUCCACCUCUGAAUACUCCUUCGAGACUCAUGCUACAUCCUCGUGGUGGAGCUUGGUGGAUUUGAAGACUGGGAAAAUCACUCAACUUACAAAUGACAGCGAUGUCUCCGAGAUCACUUGGCUCGGUUCUACCGAUUCGGGUCUGUUGUAUAUCAACGGCACUAAUGCCGAAAUUCCUGGAGGUGCCGAGAUCUGGGUCUCAGACACCUCUGAUUUUACUAACUCUGCCUACAAGGCGGCUUCUCUCCCGGCGCCACUUGGCGGCCUCAAGACGGCCAUCACCAAGUCUGGAGACAUCAACUUCUUGGUGUACGGAGAGUCUUGGGCUAAUGGAACGGCAUACAACGAACAGCUUGCUUCCACUCCGCUAAGCACAGCACGUAUUUACGACAGCAUCUACGUCCGCCACUGGGAUACCUGGCUGACGACGAGAUUCAAUGCCAUCUUCUCCGGAACUCUGAAUAAGAAGAGAGUUGGACAUGGAGCCGCAUCCCGCUAUGCUUCUAGUGGAUCCCUUAAGAACCUCGUCACGCCAGUCAAGAACCUCGAGUCACCUUACCCCCCAUUCGGCGAUUCUUCUGACUAUGACCUCUCCGCCAAUGGAAAAUGGGUUGCAUUCAAGAGCAAGGCACCUGAAUUGCCACGUGCGAACCACACUGCAUCAUACAUUUAUCUUGUACCCCAUGAUGGCUCCAAGAAGGCCGUGGCAAUCAAUGGUCCAGACAGUCCUGGAACACCGAAAGGUAUCAAGGGUGAUUCGGCCAGUCCUUCCUUCUCCCCAGAUGGCCGUCGCAUUGCAUAUAUCCAAAUGGAAGAGGACGGAUACGAGUCAGACCGUCAGGUCCCUUACAUCUAUACCCUUGACUCCAAGGACGCCAUUCGCUCAUUUGCUAAGGACUGGGACCGCUCACCUUCUCAGGUGAAGUGGACCGCUGACGGGAAGAACCUGAUUUUGAAUACCGAGGAUGCUGGACAAUCUCGACUCUUCUUGCUGCCUACUAAUGCUGGUGACAAUUUCAAGCCCAAGAACUUCACCGACAAGGGUGUGGUAGCCGCUUACUACAGACUGCCGAACGGAGAGUUCUUGGUUUCUGAUUCGGCUGCUUAUAAUAGCCGGUCAUUCUACACCGCAAAGCCUGGCAAGGGUGUGACUGGCACCAUCUUCUCUGCCAACAAGGUGGAUCCCGCCUUGAAGAACAUAGGCCCCUCUGAUCUGGACGAGUUUUACUACAAGGGCAACUUCACCGAUAUUCACUCCUGGAUCGUGUACCCCGAGAACUUUGACAAGUCGAAGUCAUACCCUCUCAUGUUCUUAAUCCACGGCGGUCCUCAGGUCUCUUGGGUGAACUCCUGGAGCACUCGAUGGAACUUCAAAACCUUUGCUGACCAAGGAUAUGUGGUUAUCGCACCCAACCCAACUGGCAGCUCUGGAUUUGGAUUCGAACUCCAGAAUGCCAUCCAAAACAAUUGGGGAAGCUACCCUUAUGAUGACUUGGUCAAGGCCUGGGAGUAUGUCCGAGACAACUUCGACUUCAUUGACACAGAUCGCGGCGUAGCGGCUGGCGCCAGCUAUGGUGGUUUCAUGGUAAACUGGAUUCAGGGUCACCCUCUGGGCCGCGAAUUCAAAGCGAUGGCGAGCCACGAUGGCACAUUUGUCGCUGACGCAAAGAUUUCAACCGAAGAGUUGUGGUUCAUGGAGCAUGAUUUCAAUGGCACGAUCUGGGAUAACCGAGACAACUAUCGUCGGUUUGACCCAUCCGCCCCCGAGCUCAUCAAACAGUUUGCUACUCCACAGCUUGUGAUCCACAAUGACGAGGAUUAUCGACUUGCUGUCUCAGAGGGUCUGGCACUUUUCAACGUCUUGCAAGAGCGAGGUGUUCCAAGCCGGCUGCUAAACUUCCCCAACGAAAACCAUUGGGUCCUCAACAAGGAGAACAGUCUUGUCUGGCAUCAGCAGGUUUUGGGAUGGCUUAACAAGUACUCUGGAGUUGACAACGAGGGCGCUGUCAGUCUGGAUGACACUACAGUUCCCGUUAAGCAAAGGGCCACUGAAAAGGCUAACAAACUCUUGGCACUAGCUUCCUCCAAGACGAAGACGCCCAAGACCGAGCCUUCCGAGACCGAGUCCUCUGCAAAGAUUCAGGUCCCAAACAUUAAAGCCGAAGUAUCUUCCCCCUCUGCUCCUGCCGCCACUGGUGAGAACGAGACCUAUCUCCAUACGCAGGAAAUGGGUUUGUAUUCUGUCUCGCCCACUGUCUACCGAAAAAGCUGUCCGAUCUUUGUUUCCCGAAAUGGACUCUGGGAUUGUUAUUAUAUUUCCUCUAACAACAUACCUACAGACACUCCCACUACUCCUACCCCUAGUACUACCAAUGGAACUACUAAAAAGACGAAGAUUCCAACGCCAAUCUUGCCAAUGGCCCUACGUUCUCCUCCCGAGAUAGGGUCUGGGAAUACAGAGUUCUCGCCCGAAGUCAAAAUGGAGGAUAUUCCGGAGGCCAGCCCCAACAUCGCAAGGCCCAGCAACCCCAUCUCGAGCAUACUCCGCCCCAACAACCUGGAUCGGUUCUUCACUUCAGUAGGCCCUUUUGGCACCGAGGAUGAGUCCUCGGAUGCCUCCCUGCUUGAAAGCAUGGCCGAACAAGCCAGAACCGUGAAGCAUGUGAAAUUCUUUAUGGGCGAUUCCCACGACAAGCACUUCAUUCCCGUCGAAGUCGUCACUCUCACUGGUCAUGAGAACUAUGCAGUCUGGUUUGCCGGCAUGACGUUGCUCCUCCGCCAACACUCGGUGUGGCCUCUUACAGUUGGAGAUCUCAAGCCCUUGGCUCCCUCCCACCCUUUGUACAUGUGGUAUGAGCGUAUGCUCGACUGUGCUGUCAGUCUUAUUUACGCCAACGUCUCCAAUGAGAUCCGCAAGUCCCGUUGUUUCCUUCACUCCGUGGCUACCAAUGAUCCCGAUGAGUUAAUGGCCCAUAUUUGGGUUCACUAUGGGGGGCCGGAUGGUGACGAUGUUUCUCCUGCGGAAUCGGAGGAAUCCGGGGAGUCCGAGCUUGAUUAA